GGACAGGAAGGCCACGCUGGGGGUUUUCCGCCCACCGCGGAGCCUCGGCUGGCACAGGAGCAGCCCGCCUGCCACCCGGGGUGCGGGGACGCACGCCCAGCCAGCCCCGGCGCCGGGUCCCCAGCCGGUGGCCAGAAGCGCUAACCCGGAAGCCACGGGCCACUGCAGGCCGGCUGACCACGGCGCGGUCUUGCCCUCACGUCCACAAGAGCCAGAGACUGACAUCUGUAAGGUUCACGUCAUCUCUUUCCCAUCUCUUUCCCCACCAGAAACACGCUGAUCCCGAGGCCCCACAGAACUCCGCCCCGACUGGAUUCUGGGUCCCCUCCACCAGAAGCCGGACACGCGAGCUCCGCAGAGCCAGGGGGGCUGCUCACCGACCGUCCCCCAGCGAGUCCAGCCGGAGCCCCCCGAGCUGCUGCUGCCCACAUUCUGCAGAUUCCGAUCACCCACUUACCGAGACAGAGGCUCACACCCACCACCCCCGACCCACCACCCGCGCGAGCGAGGCUGUCGCCUUCGGCAGCCUGGGUCCUCACGAGCGCACCUGGACAUCAUGCUGACAUAAACACGGCCCAGGGCACCCUCACCGCUGCAGGGCCCUGGGACAGGGUGGGGCAGGGGGUGGCCUGCAUGGGUGCCGUGCUGGGGGGCGCAGGAGCAGGCCUGGCCACCCCCCGGGAGGCUCAGAUGACCCCGACCACCAGGAGCCCGGCAGAGCCCAGGACCUCGGGGCCGGCAGCGUCAUGGGGACCUGCGUGAGAACAGGCACACCCUCUGGCUCCGCCACGACCGUCCACGCAGGAUGGGGUCUGCUCCGCGACUGCUAGGGUUUAAGAUUAGAGAGAGAGACGCACAGCGCGUGUGCGCAGGAGGGGCGGGGCAGGGGGAGAAUGCCAGGCAGACGCCCCGGACCUGGGGCGCGACCUCACGACCUGAGCGGAAUCCAGGAGUCGGACCCUCACUGCCAGAGCCCCCGGGGGCCCCGUAACUGCUGGUGUUUCCCGGUGUCCACACGCCCGUGUCAGCCCAGGAGCGGGGCGCUGGGCUCAAGGAGCACGUGCACACCCGUGUUACCGGGAAACGCCCGCCCUGCCCACUGAACCCAGGUGAGCCCCCACCCCAACGACACCAGACACCACACCUGCAGCCUCACACUCGGUACAACCAGUCUCAGUGACCGUGUCCUGUGUGCUUCCUUUUACAUCUCUCUGAUCUCCCAUGAAACCGGCCACCGUGUCAUGUUUACGGGCCAUUUGCACGCAGCUUUUACAUCAGCUGUUCAGGGGGCUCCCGGGCGGCUCGGCCGGCCAAGCGUCCGACUCCUGGCUCCGGCUCCGAUCAUGCUCUCGGGGCCCUUGGGUGGAGCCCUGCAUCGGGCUCCUGCUCAGAGGGAGGCGCACGCUCGCGCCCUCUGCCCCUCUGCCCUUCCACACUCUCUCUCUCUCUGAAAAGAAGAAAGACAUACAGAAGCUGCUCAAAAAUCCCGCGCUCUGUAGAAGCUCAACGUGCAAGACACAAGCCGCUCUUCAUCUGCACAGGCCGCAGGGGACUUCCCUGGGCCUUGCCUUUUCAGAGCUAAUGCCGUGUUCUGAGCAACAACAGUCUUUGACUUUAAUGCAAAGUUUCAGUCUCUGCCUGCUGAGGCCACGGAGAUCGGUGCUGCGGGGACCCCCCCCCCGCCCCCCGCGGCCUGGGUUCACCGAGCCCGGCUUCCCGCUGGGCGUGUGGCCCUCCGGAGGCUGCUCCUGCGCCCCGAGCCGCCUGCCCCUGCGCCCUCUGCUGUGCUGCUUCCUGGCAACGUGCACACGUCUGUCCCGGAGCCCGACCGUCUGUCUGUGGCUCCAGUCUGUGGGUCUCCGGCGCCUGUGCCUGUCAGACGAAGGCGGGCCGCGGAGACGGCAGCCGGGUACCCGAGAGCCCAGGAGCCGCGUCCCUAGUCACUCUGUCUCGCCACAGUCCCGGCCGAGCUGCCUCGCUCCCAAACCAACAGGGAAGCACACGGCCCUCCGCGGCACGGCGGCGCCCAGCCCGAGCCCCACGCAGGGCCGCCCCCUCCGCCCCGCGAGCCUCCCGGCUCGCCGACUGCACGUCUCUGCAGAGAAUCCUCACCUGCCCUCUGCACCUUGUUCUCACGUCGCGUUAAUCAGAAAAAAAGCAAAGCACAGGCCCCACCAGCCAGCUUACGUCAGCCUCCCAGUCGGCCAACAAAAUGUCACGCAGGCUUCCCAGCCGCACGGUUUGCCUCUUCAACUUCCCAAGCGCUUCACGCGGGCCCGGGCGCACAGGCCAGGGCCUCGGCGGAGCUGCGGGGACUCCGGGGCCACGCGCCCCGGCCCCCCCGAGACCGCGCGUCUGCCGGCUUUCCUCCAGGCUGCUGCCCCCUAACCCCGAAGCCUCAUUAUAAAAGCUCCAGAGUGGGAGUCCUGCCCGGGGACGCCCAGGCAGCUCGGAAACCAGCUCCUGGCACAGUCCCAGCCCCGGCUCCGUGGCUUCUCCACACGCCGGGCCUGCCUCCACGCCCUCGACGACGCUGAGGUGCGCCGCCGAUUCCGCGGGCUGCCCGCCAUCAGUGGAGUCUGACGUGCGGGGUCCUCCAUGACGUCAUGAACCUGACGUGACUGGGGGUGGCUCUCCCACUGGCUGUCCAAUGACUCGAUCCCUCUGCCCCCCAAGACGGCGCCUCCAGCAGACAGCAGCUGAGCACGGAUGUCCGAUGUCCGGGCUCCUCCAACACCCACCCAGGCCCAGUCGUUCCCAGGAACACCUCUCAGAUCUCAGGAGAACGCUCCCCUUACGUUUACCCAUUUAUCAGGAAGCACCUGGGGCUCCGUCGGCGAAGCCUCUGCCUUCAGCUCAGGGCCCGGGCCCGGGCCCUGGGAUCCAGCCCCGCUCCGGGCUCCGGGCUCCGGGCUCCGAGGGGGGUCUGCUGCUCCCUCUGCCUCUGCCUCUCCCCCCAACCCCCACGUCGUACUGUCCCCCGCUUGCUCUCUCAUAUUUUUUUAAAAAGAUGCAACUCGGAAAGAGCCAACUCUUGAAAAGACACACGGGGCAGGUAUGAGGAAGGGAGGCCAAGCUCCAAGCACGCCGGCACGUUCACCAACGCAAGUCUCCUCCGCACCUUCUCCUGUGAAGUUUUGCCAACCAAUCUCCCGCCCCUCCCGUCCCUGGAGGGGGUGUCCUCCCUCUGCUCCCACCCACGUGGGGGGGCCCCAGGGUCCCACCAAGUCACCUCACUAGCAGACUCCGUGUGUUCCAAAGGGGCUCUUUAUCAAUAAGCCACUAGUAUUACUCAAGAAAUUCCAAGGAUUUUUGGAGCUCUGUGCCAGGAAGCAGGGAACAGACCACAUACAUUUUUUAAGCAGAUCUAUUUGGAGUGCCCAGCUGGCUCAGCCAGGAGCGUGCAACUCCUGAUCUCUGGGUUGUGAGUUCACAUUUCAUGUUAGGGUGUAGAGGUUACUUACAAAUAAAAUCCUUAAAAAAAUAACAAACACACCGAGAUAUAACUGCCAUGUAACACUAUCAGGUACAGACAUGUAUGUAUUUUUUUGUGACAUUUAUGUGACAAGGGCCAACUCAAGAUUCACAUAAGACACACUCGUGUUUUGAAGAAUCGUGUCCUAAAAAGCCCCAAGCAUCCUGGAAUAACAAAAAAUCCCAUUCUAGACUACGGUCUAUAGCAAAGGCUUUGGGUCCAAAAGCUGUAUUCCAAGAAUGAUUUACUAGGAUGAGAGUUUUAUUAUUAACCUGCAACAACGGGGCAGGAAGCACACUUCCUGGCGAGGGGACACCGGGCUCGCUGUUAGUCUGCCCACAUCACGCCACUGUUAGGAUCACUCAUCUUUUUAAGCAAGAGAGAGAAUUAAGGUUGCUUCGACACAUCAGAAUCACAAAGAACUAUUAAGGAACUCGGUAUAAUCAAAGCAACAGGCAGCGGUUCAAGGAAGCCCCUUCUGCCUUCAGCUCCCCCCCCAACAUCCGCCUCCCAGCGCUAACGAGACGCACGGCAGCCACAGCGAGCCCACGUCACACCUCUGAACAAGCUAGAGAUGAGGUGCCCACCGGCCUCUACUGCGACAGACCCAGAACCAGGGCACCCCGGCCCCGGCCCGCUCCACCUCCCGGGGCAGCAUCCACCCGGCUGUGCGGGGUCCCUGCCGGCUCUCCCGCUGCUCCGAAGCCGGGCCCAGCCCUCCGCACUCUGGUUUGGAGCCCUGGAGCGGGGGUUGUGAAAAAGUCGUAACGGCGAUGUUGGGCAGCCAGGGUUGGAAAGCACAGGGCACGGGGGUGGCAGGCUUCCCAAUAACCUACAGGGCAGUGGGAUGAAAGAACACGGGGCCGUGGGUGAAGCUGGGGCAUCCCGGGGGGGAAAGCACUGCGAAGCCCUGGCACCCUAUUCUGAGGGCCUCUUCUCUGGGAGCGGGGGCUUGAUUUACCAAACGGCACGUUCUAAAACCUUUCUGCAAAUAUAACCAUUAUUUACAAGUGAGUGAAUAAAACUUUUAGAAAAUAUAUAGUAAAUAAAAGCUUCUCAAGUGGGGGCACCUGGGUGGCUCCAUGGUUUAGCACCGCCUUCAGCCCAGAUGUGAUCCUGGAGACCCGGGAUCGAGUCCCGCGUCGGGCUCCCUGCAUGGAGCCUGGGUCUCUGCCUCUCUGCCUCUCUCAUGGAUGAAUAAAUAAAGUCUUUUAAAAUGUUUUAUUUAUUUUUUUUAAUUUUAUUUAUUUAUGAUAGUCACAGAGAGAGAGAGAGAGAGGCAGAGACACAGGCAGAGGGAGAAGCAGGCUCCAUGCACCGGGAGCCCGAUGUGGGAUUCGAUCCCGAGUCUCCAGGAUCGCGCCCUGGGCCAAAGGCAGGCGCCAAACCGCUGCGCCACCCAGGGAUCCCUUAAAAUGUUUUAAAAAGCUCCUCAAGUUAAGUGGGAGAGGAACAAGACACUCGUGACCUCCAACUCAACUCAGAGUCCACAGGGUGACUCAGGAUCCUGGUUGCGAACAAGGCCUGGUUAAGCCUGCGUCUCCUCUGGCCAGGUGGUGGCCGAGGAGCCUGGUGACAGGAUGCGGACCCAGGCUCCCAGCAUCCCACUGGCCCUGCGUGGCGAGCCCGACGCGUCCUUUACUUGCGGUCGCCUGCCCUAUUUCCCACUUAGCCUCUGGGCCUCACAGAGGCCAUCUGUGAGAUGUGGGUGUUGGGCUAGGAUCUAAGUGUGUAGAACACCUUCAGUGGUACACUUCACAACACCAUCAUCUCCCUUGAAAAGAAAUUCACUUUUUCUCUUCAGACCCCUCUGCCCAUGGUGGGCUGCCUGUGACAACCGAACCACGGGACUGUGCAGGCAAGGCGCUGGGCGCGGGGUGGCGGGCUCCCUCCUUAAGCCAUGUGCUCAGGAGCAACUCGGCUUGGUGUUCCGGGGUCCCGUGGGCGUCAGUGAUGCAACCCCUCCCCUCGAUUCGGUUUCCCGGCAGCACCGUGGCAGCCGCGGGCCUAAGGGGAAAGGCACUUGCGUUAUCUUGCCAGACAACAGCUUAGACCAGAACGGUCUGGGGGUAGGAAGGAACGAUUUUGCCCUUAACUCCGCAGGGAAGAGGUCUGCUGUAGUCUGCAGGCUCACCAGGGCUCGCUCAGGACCUGGUUCAAACAUCAACAAGAGGUGAUCAAAUCAGAGCAGAGAGGGGACAGGCGCUGCCUCAGCCAGGAACCAGGCCUGGAUUCACAUUUCUUAGGGCAGCUGUGCGGUGGCCCCACGUGAUGUGAUGCAAGUGACUCCACCCACCUGGGGCUGAUGCGGAGCCAGUGCCCUGCAGCACGUACACUCAAGAGAACGGCCCAAGAAGCCUUAAACGUGAAUUUCCACUCAGUGUGUAACCAUCUUUUUAUAGAAUAAGCAAAACAGAAAAACAAAUCUUUUUAACUCAUAAGCUGGCAGUUUUGCAUUGCCAAUGACUCAGCAGUUUGGGGUCAGUCAAGGAAAGGAGAUCUGGGCCCCCCCAGGGACGCUCAACAUUCCAGACACCAAAUCCCAGCCUGCGAGCAAAAUAUACAAUGUUGGAAAAUAAGGAGCUUGAUACCUAGAAAGAGGAUGAUCCUAAGGCAGAGUCUACACAACACCCUUGGAUCUUACAUGGGACGGAGAAAAUUCAAACCCUUAAUCCAUGUAUUUGUUUCAAAGAAGAGAAUAGUCAAUGUUGAAUUUUAUAGAUUGUGGAACUUGUAAAAAGUGGUCGCAGUUUUUAAAGACACGUUACGCACUGCACGAGACAACAUCUUGCUCGGUAAAACUGUGCUAAGGAACAAGAAAAGUAAUUGGCAGCUCGCUAGGUCUACCUGAAAUCGGGAUUUUAACAGCCUUGAAACACCCCCUCAGCGGUCCGUGCAGCCCUCUCCAUGCCUAUUUACACACUCAUUUUGUUUAGUUAACUCUUGCUUCAGAGAAUACAAAGGUCAUGGGCCACCGGGCUCCUCCGGGGGCCCUGGGGACUCCAUGGGGCCAGCCGGCCCCCCUACGGGAAUAAGACCCGGGAGGCAGGGCGCAGUGCCAGGAGCCAGCAGGGCCCGUGCCCUGGGCCCCAGCUCCCCAGACAGGGCAGUGCAGGUGUCGGAGGUGCAGGUGUCGGGGGUGCAGGUGUCAGGAGGGCAGAUCAACCUCAAGCUGCGUUUUGGAAUGACCGCCCGGCGCAGGCGGAGCCCCGUUACCUGCGACUCGCCUCUGCGCUGUUUGUCUCACAGCGCAGGGCGGCGGCGGCGGCGGCGGACCCGGCGGCGGGGACCCCUGCGCCCCCCAGGCCGUCCCCCCGGAACCAGCGGCGGCUUCGUCGGACCCGCACGACUCGGCAGGAGCCUCCCCGGCCUCGGCUCCCGAGCCAGCGCCAGAUUUUACUUAUUUAAGAGAGAGAGUAUGAGCAGGGGAGCCGGACUCGGGGCUCGAUCCCAGGACCCUGAGGUCAUGACCUGAGCUGAAGGCAGCUGCCCAACGCCUGAGCCCCCCAGGCGCCCCUCACCUGGGAAUCCUAAGGACACAUCUGUUUUCCUUGAGCCUGACGAGGGAGCAGGGCUAGCGGAGGACGCAGCCGCCGACUCCGGCCAACCACCCCACCUGGCGCACACGCGGGAUGUUCUUCGGGAAGUCUCCAAUGGUCUCAGUGUGGAUGCCGCAGGGGAAAGCGGUCUUUAACCUGACAAUGGCAAGGCCUCGGAGGUCCAACUUAGCAGGUGAAAGUCCUUUGGGAAUCGGCCCCAACUCCCGGUGUGUAAUCGGCCGCCCUGCCCGCCACCGUCCCGUCCCCGGGCUCCGAGAAAACCAGCAUUUUGGUCUCGAGACCAAGGACGUGUCAGGGGUUCCUUCUUGGCCUCGGCUCCGGGCCCGGUCUCCGCACUUCGUCAAACCAGCAAGUGACUGUGCGCCAGCGCCGGCCACCUUCCAGAUGACGCGAGCCCGACUAAGCCCCGCCAGGCUCCGCCUGAGUUUGGGGGCCCGUGUUGGCCGCACCUGCUUCCCCCCACACCUAGGGUGCUGCGGCCCCAGCGGGGGGCAGCGGGCGCCCCGCUCUCCGGUGGACGGGCCCGGCCCAGCAAACCUGCCUCGGCCCGAGGCACAGGGGGCGCCCCGCGUCCCUGGGGCGGUUGGGGAGGCGCUGGUGGCCACGGAGGCCUCCUCCCCCUGCGUUUCCCGCAGCCUCGAGAGAGGGAGAGCGAGCACCAGUAGCCAGAGCAUCAGGCAGAAGGAGAGGGAGAAGCAGACGCCCCGCUGAGCAGGGAGCCCGCCGUGGACUCCAUCCCAGCACCCCGAGGUCACGACCCGAGCUGAAAUCCAGGGUCGGUCGCCCAACCCCCUGAGCCCCGCAGGCGCCCGACGACGGCAGGGGUUUUGUCUUUUGCCCUCAUGAUGGGUGCUGAACAGGCCGACCUCUGGUAGGUGUUCCGUUCAUCGCUGCCAAUGAAACCUGCGGGUUAACCAAGAGAAAGAAAUCCGAAGACAAUAAAUGGAGAAAGUCUGAACAAAGAAGAAUUCAGCAAAAUGUGUGCUGACGGUGAGCUUAAAAAAAAAAAAUCCGCGUCUUUCUCAAAUACCAGCAGUAAGUAGGGAGGGUAUGGAAACCCCUCCCUCCUCGGGGCCCAAGGACAGGCGCCCUACAAACAGACGCAGGGAGACUCGUUGGAGACCCAGAGAAGCGAUCGAAUCGUGCAGGACGGUGGGGGCGACACGGUGACUGCAGGCCAGCCUGCCCUGGCCGCGCCUCCCCGCACCUCAAAAGAAGGCUGUGUUUUCCUGAAAUAGAGCAGAUUUGUGUACAUGAAGUGACUCAGACGGGAGGAAGAUACGUGGGCUCCGUGGGGUCGGCGAGGGACCAGCAUUCAGAACCUGAGGGCACGACCGUUUCCCCGAGCGCCCGCUAUUUUGGGGAGUCGGUGUGGUGAAACCUGCAGAUCGUAAACAAUGUGCCGUCACCGUGUGCCUGCGGCUUGCACCUGCUCCGUGUCCCCGUGGGGCUUCUGGAGGUCAGCCUGGCGGCUCAGCCCUGCGGAACGCCCUCGCGUGCGUGGCGGACCGCGGGUCCCGCUGGCUUCGGGCGCGGCCCGUCCCCCGACGGCUCCAGCAGCGUUUGCUCCCCGCGGUGGGGAUUUGCUCUGAGACGCGCCGACAUGCAGGCCUGUGGUGCCUUCAGAGACAGAGAGAGCGCAGGAACCAGGGGAGGGACAGAAGCAGAGGGAGAAGCAGGUGCCCGCCGAGCAGAGAGCCCUAGACGGGGCUCGAACCCAGGACCCCGGGACCAUGACCUGAGCCUCCCAGGAGCCCCUUGGCAUUUCUCGCCUUCCCGUCUGACUCAGAUACAUGUGCACGUCCAUGUGGAAACCUCCCGUGGGCGUGGACAGGACCGGGAGACUUGUGUCCUGUGAGCAGAGUGCACACGGCCUGGGGCUGCUACUUCUGCGGGGAGGCCACACACGACGGCGACUUGGUCUCGCGUCUCUGCUGGUGAGGCGGCCCUGAGGGAGCAGCCACAUGCCGGCCCGUCUGCCCGAGCAGCCUCUUUGGCAACAAAGUGGGAGAUGAGGCCCCGCGUCCAGCGGCCCGAGAUGAAACCGCAGCCAGCAGCCUCCGCCAGCACCUUGGUUGUAGCUCCGUGAGAGACCCCGAAAAGGAGGACCCGCCUAAAGCCGUAGCCAGGCCCCUGACCCCAAGAUAAACGAAGGUGUACUGUUUUCCUCUAAGUUUUGGGGUCCUUUACUACGUAGCGAUACACAAUGGGUACACACACUGCUGGGAUUCUUAUUGGGGUUGUGUUACGCUUCUAGCUCACUUUGAGGAGAAUCGACUUCUUCAUCGCAGCUCCGUCUUCCAGGCAAAUAAUUCUAUAUUCUUUAUGUUUAUCUUUAACAUCUCUCAAUACAUUUUCAUGAUUUUAUCUAUAAAGAUCUUGCAAUUGGGGCAGCCCCGGUGGCACAGCGGUUUAGCGCCACCUGCAGCCCAGGGCGUGAUCCUGGAGACCCUGGAUCCAGUCCCCGGUGGAGCCUGCUUCUCCCUCUGCCAGU